AUGGGCCUCCAAAAGAUUGAAAUCAAGAAGAUAGAGAAGAAAAGCCAGCUCCAAGUUACCUUCUCCAAGCGCCGUGCCGGAAUAUUCAAAAAAGCUGGCGAACUCGGCGUCUUGUGCGGCGCCCACGUCGCCGUCAUCGUCACCUCCCCUGCCGGCAAGGUCUUCGCCUUUGGCAACCCCUCUGUUGACUCCGUCAUCGAUCGCUUUCUCUCCGAAAACCCUAAUCCUAACCCUAAUUCCCAUGGUUUCGACACGUGUCAUGAUGACGAGCUCCAUCAAGUGCAUCAGCAAAGUAUUAACCCUAACCCUAAUUCUAACUCUCAGUGCUCGGAGCGCCAUCGAGUGAGUAAGAAUCCUAACCCUAACCCUAAUUCUCAGUGUUUGGACAUGUGUCACGAGGAGGAGGUCCGGCAAGUGCAGCAAUUGAGUAAGAAGUAUGUGAAGGCGGUGGGGAAGUUGGAGGCGGAGAAGGAGAGAGGAAAGGCGGUGGCCGAGUUGAACAGCGGCGGAGGAGGAGGUGGGUUUUGGUGGGAUGAGAGUGUUGAGGGAUUAGAGUUGCAUGAGCUUGAGCAGUAUGUGGCUGCAUUGGAAGUUCUUAAGAGUAACUUAUUGGCUAGGGCUGAUGAGAUGGCGGUGGCAGCGAGCGGUUUUCCAGCGAAUUUCUUGGCUUCCAACGGUGUUGUGGUGGCUAAUGCUUUUGGUAGUGCUGAGUGCAGUGGUUUUGGUUUUGAUUGUAAGCCUUUCUAA